AAGAUGUCUAAACAGCAAGAAGAAGAGGAUUUGCAGAAGUUUCUUAAGGACGUGGAUGAAAUUACCAACUUGAUUCAAGGCCUGAAUUCCACUGAUCCUGCCAUCCAGGAGAAAGCCAUCACAGAAACAGAGAAAAAGCUCCUCUCCACCACCACCAAGGAUGAAAAUAAGCACAAACCUAAACAAGACAGAACACUUAUCAACAAACAACCUCUGGGUUUGCCAAAUCUAGAGGACACCUUGAAUCCAGAGAGUUUCAUGACUUCUUUAGAAAAGGAUGCCGAAGAGCGAGCAAGGAGAAGGAAGGAAAAUGAAGCCUUAGCCAACGCACUGAAAGAAAAGGGGAAUGAUGCUUUCAGCAAGGGGGACUAUGCACUGGCCAUCAAGAAAUACACUGAAGGUCUAAAGAAGCAGAAAGAUAUGCAGGUGCUGUACACCAACAGAGCACAGGCCUACCUGAAGUUGCAGAACUAUGAAAAAGCCAUCAGUGACUGUGACUGGGCCUUAAGGUGCGAUGAAAAAUGUAUCAAAGCUCUUUUCCACAUGGGGAAAGCAUACCUGGCCCAGAAACAGUACCCUAAGUCCAGAGAGUGCUACCUGAAGAUUUUAGAAAUAGAUCCCCAAACACAGAAGUUGUGCAAAGAUUGCAUGAAUGAAGUAGACCUGGAGGAAAAAAGGCAGUACGAGGAGGAGAGGGCCCUGCGAGAGCUGGAGUCGGGCAAGCGCGAGGCCGUGUCCGUGAGCGAAUUGCUCCAGAAGCUCUGCAGGCCUGAUGAGAAUGCCUUUUACUACGCUGGAGGGAUCCAGCUUUUGACGGAAGCGAUGCGAGGUGGCACUGAGCAAGCCUUGUUUAGGAUGAACAAUGGGUUCAGUAUCAUCAACGACAACGAGGUCAUACGACGGAUCUUCUGCGCAAAACUGGCAUCCGUUGCCGAAGUGGAGCUGUCCCUCUCCCUUCUCCUCCUGUGGCAAGCAGUCUGCAAAGGAAACGAGGAGAACCAGCGCCUGCUUCUGACUCACCCGGUGGUGAAUUCGCAGCUGCCCACUCUGCUGCUUUCCGAGGUGCCCAAUAUCCAAGAAGGCUGCAUGUCCCUGCUGGCUCUCUAUGCCGAUACGGAGACUGGGAGGAGCCUGCUGGUCCGGCACCUGAACACAACCAAGUGGCUGCAGAUGUUGAUGUCCUUCAUCAAGGUUUUUGACAGCAGGGCUAGCAAUGCCACGGAACUGCUGACCAACUUAAUCAAGGAGGAGAAGUUCAAAACCCAGUGUCGUAUCAAACUCUCUACAGAGGUGUUGCCCUUGUUCACACAGCUGCUGUGUUCGGUGAAGACGGUGAACAGGCCUUCCCUCGCCCGGUGCAUCGCCAUCAUGGGGGAGCUGUGCUCAGACUCGGUCUUCCGCAUGCAGAUGUCCGAAAGCCUGGAAUGCUGGCAGGCCUGUCUGCACCUCGUGGACGAAUGCUGGACCGAGAACAAAGCCGCCGUGUCUCCCGAGUGUCUCUAUGCAGUGCUUGGCCUGAUGAUGAACCUCUCUCUGGAAGACAGUUUGAUCAUCCAGGAACGGGAAGAAGAAAUUGUUGAGAAAUGCGUGUCCCUUUUCAGCAGUAAAGAUGGACGAAUUGUGACGCGGGCAGUUGGGCUGUUAAGUCACAUUCUGCCACGAAGUCAAGUGGCACUGGAAGCAGCGCUGAAGCAAGGCGUGGUGAAGCAAAUGGUCAAACUUCUGAAGGUUGGUGGACAAGUCACGUCUGGCUAUGCGAUGAAGACGCUUGCUGUGUGUGCCAAAAGCGGUCGGCGGGCGCAGGAGCAGAUUGUGAAGUCUGACAAAAAGUGCAGCACGUUGCUGAAGCUCCUGCGCUCACCGAAUGAAGCGGUGGUGGGAAAUGCCGCUUUCUGCCUCGGGAGGUGCCUUGAGGUGCCUGGGACGGCCACGAACUUGCUGGACACGGACGUCGUAAGGUUACUAUUGAAAGUCGCCGGUGGGGACGCCAAGAAAACGUCUGUGCAAGAGAACGCAUCCAUUGCCUUGGGGAAGCUCUGCACGGCCGAUGCCAGGCACACCAGCCGGCUGCGGGAGCUGAAUGGAAUGGCAGCCCUCAGCUCCUCCAUGAAGAAUGUGCAAGGGCUGUAAAGGAGCCUGCAAGUGCUCCGAAGAGAGUCCACAGUGCUGACUUGCACGGGGAUGCACAGCUUUUCGUAACAAGAAGGAUCGGGAGGAA